UGGGUCAGCAGUGAGCCAUGGCGCGGUGCAGCAACACUACAUCUUCAAAAACAUCGUACAUUUACACUAGAAAGUUCUUAAGAUAAGACUUUGGGAAAACAAGUGAGUAGUCACGUUGACAAAGUUGUAUUUCAAUAUGAAAGCGCGUAGCGAGAUACGAGGUUGGGUAAUUAAGUAGUACGCGCUCGGAAUCGCUCGGGUAACUUCGUGAGCCCUCGGUAGAUGUCGUUCACGCAUGCGCGCGGCCGCCAUCGAUCCCCGCCCACGCGUGUAGCGGAGUGCACGAGCCCGGUCGGACCGGCAUGGCGACGUGAACGGCACCAGCGGCCUCCGGCGAUGCCGCGAUGGCCAGAGAGGUAACGCCGAGCGGCCCGUCGCUUGCGUAACGAUGGUUAAUAUCUACCCUUGGACUUUAAUGAGUGAAGUGAAGUGUGCAUCCAUGCAGUGGACUGUCAUAUCGAUCAGGUUUAGGAUAAGAACCAUGACAAUAGCCUAAUAACUGCCAAUGGCCAUGGCUGUAUGCAAGGAAGUUAGAGGAAAGCGGCCUUUCAAGAUAUGGGACAGCUCUCGCAGCGUGAGGAAGGGACUGGUGGUCACUAGUUUCGAGGAGCUUAUACACAGAGGAAAAGAGAAGCUCUCCGUAUCAGCGUCAGAGCCGGUGCGGCUGGUCCUCGAGAGCGACGGCACGCAAGUAGAAGACGGGGACUACUGGCGUACACUCCCUCCCAACACCGUCUUACUUCUACUCAGGCCGGGCGAGAGGUGGUACCCCACCGGCGUCGACGUCAUCAAGGCUGCGAUAUCGGCGAUCCCAAAGAUAGUAUGCGAGACGAUCCACGCCCUCGAGCUACACGAUGAGACGCCCUCAUGGAAGAUCAUGGACAACAAGGGGCGCGUCACGGUGGUGCUGCACUGGGACCAGCGGCCUCAGGCCUCGCCGGCCGCGCGCUCGCCCUCGCGCCAGGUCAAGCCCGACCGCCGGCCCUCGCUCGUCAUCCAGACCUCGGUCGAGCGCGCGCAGCCGCCGCCGCCGCACAUCACCGUCGUCAACCACGACGAGCCCGGCCCGGCGCGCGCACGCCUCGCCCGCUCCGCCGGCUCCCUCGAGCACGCCCCGCCCGGCGCCGUGCACGUGCACACCUCCGAGUGCUCCGCACCUGGACCCCCGCCACAUCACGCGCACGGCCCGCACUCCCCUCGCCCGCCGCCCGACGAGUGUGACUUCCACUGCUGCGCUCUUCAUGAAGAGGGCCGCCGUAUAGCCGUGCACAAGAGCGUAGCCACCUCCCCCAUCCAGGACGCCCAACCCCGAGCCUCCCCCCAGGGCCGCCCUAAAGGUCACGUGCGAUUUCUCGACGCGGAGUCCGCCCGCCGCGGCGAGCGCGACUCCAGUGAAAGCGAAACCGAGAAUACUCUAGUCGAGGACGAGGCCGUCACCUCCGAGAAGUUCCUACUCCUCAUAGACCAGCUCAGCGUCGACCAAAAACGCCAUCUCACCAUCAAAGACAUAGGUAUCAUCCUAGAGCGGCUCAGCUCGAAGAUCCUCGACGUGGAGCGGCUCGACCGCGAGUCGGAGUCCGACGACUGCUACAACUGGACGAUCAAGGCGACGAUACGCGGCGACGCGCUGCGCGAGCUCGGGGUCAUCUACAACGGGAACUACUACGCGAUCAGUGAGCACCCGGGCUACCGGGAAGAGAACGAGGAGGCGGGAGACGAGGCGGAGGAGGAGGAGGAGGAGGAUCGGCUCUGAUCGGGCCUGUGCGGCGCCGCCGUGCCCGCCGCCGCCGCCGCCGCCGCCGUGCGGCUCGUCUGCCGCAUCGCCGCGCGCUGACCGCGCACCGCGCACCGCGCCGCCGCACGCCGACCCCACCCCGAGCGGGCC